GUGACAUUUGAAGACUGAAGAGUUUGAAGACGACACAGGGAAAAAAAUUAAGACAUACUCCGUGUGCAAGUGGAUUUUGUAAUAUUUUUCAAUUUUGGUUCCAAUUUAUUUGUUUAUAUAACAAAUCGUUUGUCAUACUAGGUUAGCGUGAAGAAUUUGUACUGGAAGGCAAUAUUCAUGAUGCCUCGAUUUCAUAAGGUGGAAAUUAACAAAACAGAAUGGAUUGUGCCCGAGCGGUAUCAAAUGCUAACACCUGUAGGUUCAGGUGCCUACGGCCAAGUUUGCUCAGCUAUUGACACGCUGCAUAAUAUGAAAGUGGCCAUUAAGAAGUUAGCAAGGCCUUUUCAAUCUGCUGUGCAUGCUAAGAGGACAUACCGCGAACUUCGCAUGUUGAAGCACAUGAACCAUGAAAAUGUUAUCGGUCUGUUAGAUGUGUUCAGUCCAGAGAAGACUCUAGAGGAGUUCCAGCAAGUGUACCUGGUCACCCAUUUGAUGGGUGCAGAUCUAAACAACAUUAUACGCACCCAGAAACUGUCCGAUGAUCAUGUCCAGUUCCUUGUCUACCAGAUACUCCGUGGCCUUAAGUAUAUACAUUCUGCUGGCAUUAUUCAUAGGGACCUGAAGCCCUCGAAUAUUGCAGUGAAUGAAGAUUGUGAGCUGAAAAUCUUGGACUUUGGCCUAGCCAGGCCUACAGAAACUGAGAUGACUGGUUACGUCGCCACAAGAUGGUACCGCGCACCAGAGAUCAUGUUGAACUGGAUGCACUACAACCAGACGGUGGACAUAUGGUCCGUCGGCUGCAUCAUGGCCGAGCUGCUCACUGGACGUACACUCUUCCCGGGCUCCGACCAUAUUGACCACCUCACCAGGAUAUUGUUUAUGUGCGGGAGGCCCGAACAGGAGACUAUAGACAAAAUUAUAAGCGAAGAGGCUAGGAACUACAUUCAGUCGCUGCCUACCCUGAAGCGGCGUGACUUCCGUGAAGUGUUCCGCGGCGCUAACCCGCUCGCUGUCAACCUACUCGAACUUAUGUUGGAGCUUGACGCUGAUAAGCGUAUAACAGCAGAGCAGGCGCUGGCCCACGAGUACCUGGCCCAGUACGCCGACCCGACCGACGAGCCGGUGUCCGCGCCCUACGACCAGAGCUUCGAGGACAUGGACCUGCCCGUCGACAAGUGGAAAGAGCUGGUAUGGAAAGAAGUGGUGGAGUUCAAGCCACACCCUCAACACAUGAACACAGUCGUCGAGGUUAACCCUUCGUAACUUACAGGCAGCACGGUGAACUUAGGGCUAGAGUUUUACUUUAAUAGUCUUUUUCAUAGUAGUCUCAAGAAACGGCAGCAAUAAGAUAACUACGUAUAGAACGGACACUCCCCGCUCCGCAUCAAUUCGUACCGGUCCCAAGCUAGAUUUACCUCACCCCCCGCUAGGUCUCACUUUAGUCUAAAUGGCCGUAAGCGGGUAAAGGAGCGCGCGUGGACAGUCCGUCUCGCUCGCACGCGGUAAAGUGGCACUUGAUAACAAUGGGAUUUAUGUAUGAAGUGUCUGGGCUGCGUUUAGACCCUGUCGCAAUAACAUGUUUGAUAUUUAGUGAGACUUGUUUAGUCAAGAUAAUGAAUGCGGCAGGGUUCUAAACUGUGAACAUAAUACUUAAUCGUAGUUCAAAGUAUAAUAUUGUUUCUAACAAUUCACUAUUCUUUCGUUUCUUGACAUCAGUUUGAAGAAGACUUGCAUGUAAAAAGUAUCCGCUCAAUGGUUUAACGAAGUACGAUCAUAGCAUAGAUGAAGUAAAAAAGGUUACAUUAGAAAAUGUAUCAUUAUAUCCAACUUACGUAAAUGCGUAUAGAAUUGCGUUGAGUGCUGUGAUUGAAUUAACUAGUGUGUGAAUUCUUUUAAAGGUGGAUUUAGAUCAAACGAGCGAAUACUCAUUCUAUAAAAAGGAGACAGAUUAUUCUGUAGAAAAAUACAAGAAAGUAAGGCAGUUAUAUUCUGGCUCUAUGUUCGUUUAGUCUAUACCCUCCUUAAGAAAACCUAGCGCCUAACGUUAAAGUGUAUUACAAAUAAACUCUACGUAUAAGUUACUUUUAGUACUCCAGGAACGCUGCAGUGUGCAAUUUUUGAGCAGUGUUGUUAUUGUAAUCCCGUAAGAGUAAUGUUUACGAAAUGACCACUAUUUUAGCGCUUGCAAGGCAAACCAGUAUAAAUACAAUAUUAUUUUAGAUACACAAAUAUUUUAAAACACCAAGGCUGUCGCACUUUGGAUACGUUUUUGUACGUAUACGACUCGCGUGCGUAUACACGUACACGUGGUUUAUUACAACCAACCAGCUGUAUGCGGGCUCCCAUAGUACAGUCCGCGCCCCGCAAGUAGUCCCACGGCGACCGCGCUAGUGUCGUAAUAUCCGCCUGGCUUGUCAAUUAGUUCCAUUAAAAUCCGCGGGAGUUCUUCCAUUGUGGUUGUUUGAGCGUGUUCGUGCAUGUCCGCACGAGACGAAUUCGCAAUAAAACGCGUCCAAAGUGCGGCCAUUAGAUAUCACUUAGUUACAUUGCUGGACAAUGUAGAUUGUUUUAGUGCUGUGUUAGUGCGUAAAUACAUUUUUACUCAAGUGUUACACAUCCGUGUUAAGCCCUUAGAAGUCCUUCUAUUUGCUCAUAAUAAUCUGCGCUUGUCCGCACUAUUUGUUUGGCCAAGCAGUCAAUGUCAUCCCAGACAAAUCUAUAAAUUACGCCAGUAAAAUAAAUUCGAUAUCACUCCUUGAAGGAUUGUUAGGUCAUUUACUGCUAUAAAUUAUGAAAUAAUUUGCAAUUUUAGCUAUUAAUUAUGUAUGAAUUGUAUUAGUGAUACUCUAUAAUCGUAAUCCCAAAAUGGGAUAAAUACGUUUUUAGCGAUAAUUUCUAGAUUACUUAUUAUUGCAUUGUGAGAUGGACACGUCUUGAUAAUUGAGUUGAUCUAAGCCUAAGAAGUGCCGUCUGCUGCUAUCAAUUAAUUACUAAUGUAGUCUUGUAAUUAGAGCAUUGGUCUCUUUAUCUGGGGGUCCCAGGUUCGAUUUCCGAUGGGGACAUGUCACUUUGUGAUCCCUAGUUCAGUUAGAACGUUGCUGGGUGAUCACCCGAUUGUUCGAAAUUAAGAUGAACCGUGAUCCGUAGAGCGAGAGUGCGACCGCAAUCCGACCGCUUAGCAUCUCGCUCUAGCAAAUGACUGUUCUGAGCGACAGAAAGAGAUAGAAGCAUAGGGAAGUACAAUGCAGUGCGGCAACAUUAUCAAACGUGUCCAUUUAUUUUAAAAUAAGCGUAGUGUGUACAGCUUGUUAAGCGUUAGUGUGAUGUACGGAUGCGUAGUGGCUUUAUGUGCUGGUGCUAACAAAUUAUAAAUGAUUUGCAAUAAUGGUAUUAGGCCUAAGGUAUUUUUAUAUUCGGUUUACCGACGCGAUUUAAAUUAGGAAUCCGUAAAGCUUGUUGAUAUACUAUUACAAUAUAGAAGAGUAAAAGGCAUGAACUUUUAAAAAUGAAUAGCUUUAGCAACCGCGACGCUACAAUGAGUAUGGGUUUCCUACUUGAGUUCGAUAGUCUUUUGACCGAUUUAUAUCAAUCAAUCCAUAUAUAAAAUUAUAAAUUAUUUUCAGAAGCUGAUGUAAGUAAAUAAUAUGCACGUGUACUGAUACGUGAUACGUGUAGAAUAUUGUUACCUUAUUUUUCAUUCGUUUCGCCUCUGAUUCUACUUGUCUAGCCUGUAGAUAACAAUUUUAAAUUGAAAGUCGUGAAUAAAGUAUAGAUGAUGUAUAAUUAGGAUAAUUAUUUUUAUGCUUCUUUCACCCUCAGCAUAUGUAAUAUUUUAGUCGUAUAAGCUUGAAUAAGAUUCAAUUAGAAAACAGGGUUUUCACAAGCUUCCUAACAAGCAAUAAUAUAAAGAUAAUAAAUAGCGGUCUAUCAGACAUUUUAAUGCAGUGACUAUUUUUACCCAAUUACGUUGAAUCCAAAAGGUGUGUUAAUGUUUUAUUUAUAUGACUUUAGAGCCAAUGCACACUAUAGAUUCGAUGGAAACAUUUAAAGAAAAAUAUAUUAAUCUGCAAUGAUUUGACCCUUAGAUGUUUAGGCAUAACUUGAAAUAACAUUGGAAGGAUUUAAUUAGAAAAAAGCUUAUGUAACAUUGUAAGUCAGUACUGGCAAAGUAUUCAUCAAAACCUUAAUUGAUAUAAGCAAAAUACAUUGUACAAGUUUAUAUUUUGUUUUGGCGCUAACGGCCAUUUUUGGGUUGCGAACCAAAAUGGUAAAAAGGAACCCUUAUGGUGAGAGGAAGUCCGUCCGUCCGGUUAACAAGCAACCCCCCUUAUUUCUUGAAGCAUUAAAUGUUGCGGCUGAUCAAGUUUAUAGUGUGCAUACACUCGCAUACCGUCCAUGCAGAGACCAUAAUAUUGUUUGUUCAAACGCACACGUGAUCAACAAAUGCAACAAGGAGCACCGUAGUUUUAGACAGUAGACACUUAGACAAGUCUGCCAUAAAGUACAUGUUACCUUCGCAUAAUUUUAAGGUAUUGAUAUUUUAUUACGUAACAAUAAAAUGGUAUUGUUGAUUUGUAAAAGUUUAGAAGUGAGCUAAUAUAAUAAAUACAUUUAAAAUUAUCGCAAUUCAAA